CCCAGGGCGCGCCGACGGCCCUUUGCCUACCCUGCCCUGCCCUGCCGCAUCCCAGCAUCACUACGUAUGAGGGAGCCGCGCUCAAUCUUCACAGGUACAGGGAAUGACUCGACGACGGCUCUUGACCGCACGCCCGAUCAGCGCCAACUAGACACUUGCCAACAACACCACUUUGUCGCAAAAACACCAGACCCACCGCCUGUUCCCCUCAACUCCCCUUUUGAAUUCCCUGAUCCCUACGACCCAUGGGCCCGCCUGUCGCCAACCCCUAGCAACCACCACCACCUACACCUACAACAGCAGUCGGGCUCUGCGCCGCUGCAGCGCCGCCCACCACACAGCGGCACGCAGCCAGCGCUCGCUCCGCCUGCCAUUGCCGGCGUCAAACGCUCUCCACCGUCCCUCAGCGACUACCAUUUGGCCUCAAUCUCUUCGCGACUGGCCCCGCCCCAAACCGAGCCCUUGCACAAGCGCCGCAGAGCCCUCCCUCCUUUACGCUAUUCGCUCGACCGCUUCACCCUAUCCAAGACUACCCAGCCUCGUCUCCCCACCGAGCCUCUGUCGCCACUCUUCUUCUCCUCGCGAACCAUCACACUCAACCUGCCUCCGCGCUUUUCCAGCUCAGAGGCGGCAGCAAGCAUGCUUAGCAAAACUCAUGAAGAAAGCAACAUCAAGACCGUCACCCUUGCAAGAGGCACUUAUAGUGGCUUGAGCCCACCGGGGCCUCCACCCGGCGCAAGUGGAAGAUCGUCGGAGCGCUCCAGUCUACCGCGCACAGCGUCUCCAGAUUCACGAGAAAAGAGCGAUCCAUUGCGGGUCCUGGCAUCCAUUGGCAUAGUUGAGCUGCUCGAACAUGAUGGCCGACCGACUUUUAUUGUCGACAUUGGAGAACCCAUAAGUCGUACCCUACAACCGACUACUUUGCAGAUACUCUUUGCCAACAAUGCCCUUCGAUCAAACUCUUCGGCGUGGGAGCUGGUGGCUGGCAAAUCGCCUGCAUCCACGCCCCAAGGCUCGACUGUAAACGCAACACAUCAAUUUCGUGCAUGGUUACUGGAUCCAACACGCCAGGGGCAAGAUAGCGAUACUAGUCCUCUUCCAGUGGAUUAUGGCGGAAUUUUGUGGUCGUGUUUUACCCUACGAAAACGACUGCGCGUUGUCUCGGGCCAUGUAUUGGCCCCUGCAACAAUCCUCCCCUCCACGGAUGUGCCCGAUGAAGUUGCCAUGCCUAUGCUAUCAGCAGUAGCCCAUGCAUCAGGCAAUGGCGCUACUUUUACAUCACCUCCACCCCGGAUCGAUGAGACACAAGAUUACUUUGGCAGUACAGGGCCUGCCAUUCCCCAAAAAGCAUCGAGACCCCCCAUUGCAGCAGCACCACAACCUGAUCCAACUUACUCCAAACUUGGUGACAAAAAUAUGGCGCCGGACCUUCCAUCCAGAAUAAACCUAACAUCGGUUGAAGAAUCUGCGCAAUUUGUUAACCAAGAAAAUGACGAGGUGAGCGAGGAAGUUCGCGACAUGGGCUUCUUCGAUUGGACCAGGCUAGCCCCGUCUCCUAGUCUACCCAAACACAUCCAAUUCGCUCGCUCAAUAGACUGGGCCUCAACACCCUUGGGCCCCAUUGAGUACUGGUCUAACGACUUGCGCGCCAUGUGCAACCUCAUUAUGGCAAGCCCUCAUCCUGCAGCCAUGUACUGGGGUGAAGAGCUUGUAGCCAUUUACAACGAGGCCUACAUCGGCCUGGCAGGCCAGAAACAUCCAGCGCUCAUGGGCCAGAGCUACAGAGUUGCCUGGGCGGAGAUUUGGCACGAGGUCAAGGACGUUUUCGCAAAUGCACGCCUUACGGGUCAAGCGACUAUGAAGGACGACGAUUGCCUGUUCAUAUGGCGGAAUGGUUUCAUCGAGGAGGCAUAUUUUUCAUGGUCCAUUAUUCCAAUGGUCGGUGAGGAUGGAACAGUAAUGGGUCUUUACAACCCGGCUUUUGAAAAGACAAGACGGAAAGUUGCUGAGAGGCGCAUGCUCACGCUCCGCGAAGUCGGCGAACGGACUGCAACUGCUAGGGAAAUCAAGGGCUUCUGGGAUCAAGUGCUUCUCGCAUUGACUGAAAACGACUUGGACACCCCGAUAGUCAUGCUUUAUAGCGUUAACGACGAAAACGAUAGCGAUUCAUCCUCCCUGCACUCCAGCAGCUUGCUCGGCUCAAAGCAGUGUUACUUGGAGGGCUCGCUGGGCGUUCCAGCUGGGCAUCAAGCAGCGCCCGAUCAGAUUGACCUUAAAGACGGACAGGAAGGCUUUGGGCCUGUCUUCCGGGAGGUCAUGAAGACGGAUAAGCCUGCGGUUGUUAGUAUUGGAUCGGAUGACUUGCCAUCCUCCAUGAUGGAAGGAAUAGAAUGGCGCGGCUUCGGGGACCCUUGCCGAGAGAUUGUCAUCUGUCCCAUUCACCCCACCACGGGCGAGAAUAUCCUUGGCUUCCUCAUUAUGGGCAUCAAUCCAAGGAGACCUUAUGAUGAUGACUACAACCUCUUUGUUCAGCUGCUCAGCCGACAACUUGCUACAUCACUGGCUUCCGUGGUCCUUUUUGAAGAAGAGAUACGCAGGGGCCAAAGAGCAGCCCGGCUAGCGGCAGAAGACAGAUACCAUCUCUCUACACAGCUUGCUGCACGCACACAGGAAGCCCGAGAAAGCGAGACCAGGUUCACUCGCAUGGCCGAGUUAUCACCAGCCGGCUUGUUCAUUGCUGACCAUGUUGGAAGAAUAACGUACUGCAAUGACACUUGGUACGAAAUCGCACGAGUGCCACGAGAGCCCGAGAUGACUGAUAGAUGGAUCGAAUAUGUCAGAGAUGAGGAUCAACCAUUGAUUCUUGAGCAUUGGGAGCGGCUGGUUAACGACACUACGCCCAUCAAUCUGGAAUUCCGAUUCAAAGCACCUUGGGAAGAUAGGGACCGCACAAAGAGUGACACAUGGGUGCUGUUCUCGGCUUUCCCCGAAAAGGACGAACACGGGCAGCUCAAGAGUGUCUUCGGUAGCAUCACGAACAUCUCACCUCAAAAAUGGGCCGAAGGAUUUCAAAAGCGGAAGAUGGAGGAGGCUGUUGAGCUCAAGCGCCAACAAGAGAACUUUAUCGACAUUACGAGUCACGAAAUGCGAAACCCUCUUUCCGCUAUCCUCCAAUGCGCCGAUGAGAUUUCUACUAUUCUAGGCGACUUUAGGGCUUCAGGAUCUCAAGUCAUCGAGCCGGGUAUUGUAGCCGACUCUAUAGACGCCGCACAGACGAUCGCCUUGUGUGCGCAACAUCAGAAGCGCAUUGUUGAUGAUGUGUUGACGUUGUCGAAACUCGACAGUGCAAUGCUCAUGGUAACGCCAGUAGAUGCGCAGCCAUUACAAGUCGUACAGCGUGCUUUGAAGAUGUUUGAAGGCGAGGUUCAAACAGCCGGUAUACAGAUGGAGUUUUUCCUCACCGAUUCAUUCACAAGUUUAGGGGUCGAUUGGGUCAAGAUUGAUCCGUCGCGAGUCUUGCAGGUGCUCAUCAAUCUCACCACGAACGCCAUCAAGUUUACAACAACCGAAGAAACAAGGACUAUCAAGGUCGUUCUCUCAGCAUCUCGAGAGUGUCCAUCGGCGCGCAGCAACCCUACAGUGAACUACUUUCCCAUGCGGGCCAAACGGGUAGAUCAGACAUGCGGCCCCGACUGGGGAAACGGAGAAGAAAUCUACUUGGAAUUUGCAGUCCAAGAUACAGGCCGAGGGCUAACUCCAGAGGAAAAGAAACUUCUUUUCCAACGCUUCUCGCAAGCAAGUCCACGAACUCAUGUUCAAUAUGGUGGAUCUGGCCUAGGCUUGUUCAUCUCGCGGGAGCUCACUGAGUUGCAAGGAGGCGAGAUUGGUGUCUCUUCUGAGGCAGGAAAGGGAAGUACAUUUGCCUUUUAUGUCAAGUGCAGGAGGAGUAUCGAGCCAAAAGAUACUUUGGAAGUUCUUCCAGUUUCCUUGUCAAGAAAGGUGUCCAAUGCGAAAGACAAGGGAAGGACUGGACCGCCUGUACCGUCACAGUCGAAAACAAUAACCAAGGACUUUGCGAUUGUGCCAAAACAGGAUAAUGUCACACCAAAACCAAAGCCAAAGAAGGAGAUCAAGGUACUCAUCGUAGAGGACAACUUGGUCAAUCAAAGAGUCCUUCAACGUCAACUCCAAAACCAAGGCAUACAAACCAUCGUUGCAAAUCACGGUGGUGAGGCUCUCGAAUUCCUGAAACUAUCCACAUUCUGGGCCUCCCCUUCAUCGCCCACCACUACCACCACACCCCCGACCGAUAUCUCGGUUGUCCUUAUGGAUAAAGAAAUGCCCGUCAUGGACGGUCUCCAAUGCACGUCCAGAAUCCGUGAACUAGAGCAGCACGGAAAGUUCAAGUGCCACGUCCCUAUCAUCGCUGUCACGGCCAACGCUCGCAGCGAGCAAAUCGCUACUUUGCUAGCUGCUGGUAUGGACGAUGUUGUCAGCAAGCCAUUCCGAAUUGGUGAGCUUAUACCCAAAAUUGAAGAUUUGGCCAACCGUUUUGGGAACAAAAAGCCGGUCUCCGAUGAUCCCACUUUAAAAGUCUCGACUGGACCCAGUGUACAACCGUACGGCGUAUGACGAAGUACAUGAAACAUGAUUUUGCUUUUUUUCGCACACAAUUUUCGGGUAUUCUGCCUGCAUCAGCGAUUGAUGCAAUCAGCCUUGUCUCGUUACUUUUCUUCUUCUUUUUGGACCUUUUUCCACAACUUCGUAUUAGUAAGCAUACACACAACUGGAGUUUCUCUGUUUUUUUUGCGCUCAUUUACGACCUGGGGGUUUUUUUUCGCUUGUUAAUGGAGCAUUUUCGGAUGUGUAUACCCCCCUACCGCGUUUCUGGAAUAAACAUCAUGAGGGAAACCAGAGAUGAGUUGUAGAAAAAUAAAGUAAAGUACAGUCCAAUACAAAUAGAUGUAUGGGUGGAACAAUGAAAGUUUGAACAAGAAUAGCUCAGCGAUGUGAGUGAAUAAGUGAAGGUCUGUAGUAGAAGCUACUGAU